UCUGUCCUUGUGUGGACUUGGAACAACUGGAGCAUUUUUAUUGUUCCAAGUGAUACUAAUCUGAUGUCUACUAGCCGGUUUGCUAUUAAUGAAGUUCAUUAUUUUGUCAUAACUCUGAUGCUGCCUGGAACUGGGUAGAUAAUGGGAUUGGAUACGAUAAUUCAGAAGAACUUAGAAAAAUCUCCUUUUCGUGAUUACAUUAAACAGUCAGUGUCUGUAACUUGUUGGCUUUAGAACACUUUUUGGCCAGGUGUGCUCUAUUCUUCAUCAUGAUCGUAUCAGAUGAAGAUGUACCGGAUAAACCAAGGCUCGCUCUCUAUCUUUCUUUCUUUCUACUGAGACCAUCUGCGUCUCUCUCUCACUCGUCAAUGUUCAGAUGCGCCACCAGUGGACGUCAUUGUUCCGCCUGGUGUCACCCCUUAAGAUGAGCUGAACCGAAAUGCUGUGCCAAGCAGGAUCAGAUCCGCGAGAGAGGGGAGGUGGGGGAGAGAGUGAAAGAGCGAGAGGGAGGAAGGGAGAGAGAGAGAGAGAGAUUUUGAAAAGACCGGCAGGAGGAGAGGGACUCGCUAUAAGGACACAAGCGAGUCUUAAAUCCAGCCGCUCCUCUAUUUUUACGCAGCAGAUUUGGAAGAAACAAACAAGUAAAACAGAAGGAGCUGUGAUUGAGAGAUUCGCCAUUCACAUUAUUUUAAAUUAUUCUCAGCUACAGACACACUCGGAGACGGACGGAGCCACCAUGAGAAGAGCUGUGGAUGUUGCGCUGACUCUGCUGCUCGCCGUGUCCCUGUCGUGCCGGAGCGUCUUUGGCGGCUACGGGAUGAGCCUCUUCGCGGCGCAGACCUCUCCCCCGGACCCCUGUUAUGACGAGCACGGCAACCCGCGGCGCUGCAUCCCGGACUUCGUCAACUCCGCCUUCGGCAAGGAGAUGAGGGUGUCCAGCACCUGCGGCAAGACGCCGAGCCGCUACUGCGUGGUGACAUCCGACCAGAAGGGAGACGAGAGGACCAGGAACUGUCACACCUGCGACGCCUCCGACCCCAAGAAGUAUCACCCACCGGCUUAUCUAACGGAUCUCAACAACCCGCAUAACCUCACCUGCUGGCAGUCCGAGAACUUCAUCCAGUACCCGCAGAACGUCACCCUGACUCUGUCUCUCGGCAAGAAGUUUGAGGUCACAUAUGUGAGCCUGCAGUUCUGCUCGUCACGACCCGAAUCCAUGGCCAUUUACAAAUCCAUGGACUACGGUAAAACUUGGGUGCCUUUUCAAUUUUACUCCACGCAGUGCAGGAAGAUGUACAACAAACCCAACAGGGCCGUGAUCACGAAGCAGAACGAGCAGGAGGCCGUGUGCACGGACUCCCACACCGACAUGUACCCUCUGACCGGCGGCCUCAUCGCCUUCAGCACGCUGGACGGCAGACCGUCGGCGCACGACUUUGACAACUCCCCGGUGCUGCAGGACUGGGUGACGGCCACGGACAUCAAAGUUAUCUUCAGCCGGUUGCACACUUUCGGCGACGAGAACGAGGACGACUCGGAGCUGGCCCGGGACUCGUACUUCUACGCGGUGUCGGACCUGCAGGUCGGAGGGAGAUGCAAGUGCAACGGGCACGCGUCCCGGUGCGUAAAGGACCGGGACGGGAGCCUGGUGUGUGAAUGUAAACACAACACCGCCGGGCCGGAGUGCGACAGGUGCAAACCUUUCCACUACGACAGACCGUGGCAGAGAGCCACAGCCAGGGAGGCCAACGAGUGUGUCGCCUGUAACUGUAACCUUCACGCCCGGAGGUGUCGUUUCAACAUGGAGCUCUACAAACUCUCUGGGAGGAAGAGUGGAGGAGUCUGCCUCAACUGUCGCCACAACACAGCAGGGCGUCACUGUCACUACUGCAAGGAGGGCUACUACAGAGACCUGUCCAAGCCCAUCUCACACAGGAAAGCCUGCAAAGCAUGCGAUUGCCAUCCCGUGGGUGCUGCUGGCAAAACCUGUAACCAAACCACAGGACAAUGUCCCUGUAAAGACGGUGUGACUGGUAUCACGUGCAACCGCUGUGCUAAAGGCUACCAGCAGAGCCGCUCGCCCAUUGCCCCCUGCAUAAAAGAGAUUCCAGUUGCACCUCCUACAACCCCAUCCAGCAGCACAGAGGAGCCAUCAGACUGCGACUCUUACUGCAAGGCUUCCAAAGGCAAGCUGAAAAUUAACAUGAAGAAGUACUGCAAGAAAGAUUACGCCGUCCAGGUGCACAUCCUGAAGGCGGACAAAGCCGGCGAGUGGUGGAAAUUCACCGUCAACAUCAUCUCCGUCUACAAGCAGGGCGAGAGCCGCAUCCGUCGGGGGGACCAGUUCCUGUGGGUGCGAGCCAAAGACGUGGCCUGCAAGUGUCCCAAGAUCAAGCCUGGGAAGAAGUACCUGCUGCUGGGGAACGACGAGGAUUCCCCCGGCCAGAGCGGGGUGGUGGCCGACAAAGGCAGCCUGGUUAUCCAGUGGAGGGACACGUGGGCGCGAAGGCUCAGGAAGUUCCAGCAGCGCGAGAAGAAAGGCAAGUGCAAGAAGCCAUAGGUGGGGAGAAAAGAAAAAGGUGGAUAGGAUGCUGGAGAGGGAGAGGGAUUCAAGAGGAAAAGCUGAGCGGGUGAUUGAAAAAAAAAAUAGGAGUGAAAGAGAGACACACAGAGGACCACGGACAGAGAAGAGACUGUUUAUGUCGCUGCUUUUUUGUGUAGAAGCAUGAAGAGAAUUAUUUAGGAUGAUUUGUUUUGUUUUCCUAGUGAACUUUUGUUGAAGGAGCUCACCUUGCAGAUUUGGUUUUAUGGUUUAUUUUACUUUGAGAUUCGUCUCUUUUGUGGAUUUGCCGAAUUUGCACCUAUUACCAGUAUAUAACAUUGUUUGUGUUCGUUUUCUUUAUCCCAGUAUGAAAUCAUUAUAUUUUAUGUUCUAAUUUUAUGGACAUUGUCUGCUGGUGCAAAAAUGACAGAAAGCCACUUAACUACCGCUGCAGUUUUUGCCUCUGCAUGUUUUUUUUUGUUUGUUUGUUUUGUUUCGUUGUAUUCUUAGCUAAGAAGCUAGCUUGUUUCAUCAAAAGUCUUCACUUAUCUGACUGAGGCAGUAGUAUUUCCUUCAUUGAGAUUUGUGCCAUAAAAAGUGUUGAUGGUAAGCCACAGAAAUGAAUGAUGCAGCUGCCAUUCCUUUCCUGUGUUGAAAUUCAGGUAUAUCUGCAACUCAAGCAAAAAUGAUUUCCUAGAUUUUCAUAAUAAUACAGUUAUGAUAAAAGCGUUUUUCACCUGAUUAGCUUUUACCAUAAUCUCUACUCCCUCUCAAACCUGCAUGUGAAUGCUUCUCAUCUGAGACUGUAAUGUUCAGUAUACUAAAUGGUGCUGCUUUGGGUAUUAAUUUUAAAGUUUUUCGGGGGGAGUGGAGGAAAAAUGCAUUUAGAUAUCACUGACUUUACUUUUAGUACUUUAAGUAACUGUGAUUUUUUUUUACACUUUCUUUCACAAAUUUAGUUGUAGUUUAAACAAACGAGUUGAGGACAGGAGACCAACCGCAUUGAUUAUUACAAAAAAAUCUUAUUAUUCAUGGGUAGAGCUAAUGCACAUCAACAAUAAUAAUUAUGGACUUCUAUGUGGCUAAAGAAUAAUAUUUUGAAUGUUUUAAAUGAUUCCAUCAAUAUUGUAGUGACAAUAUUAUACUUGCUCUACAACUAAGCAUUUAGAGCUGUGAAUGCUACGCAGGGAGGGUCAUUGUGCAACAUGAAUACAACAUUAGAAUAGUGCGGCUGAAAGUACUGCACUGCUGCCUGUUUUCAGAGGGUACUGACAAAGAAAUGCAUGUAGUAAGUCACAAGUGCAACAAUGUAAAUGUUUAUAUGACGAAUCUCAAAUUCCUUCUUACCAGCUCAGACAAAUUUGUACUUUGGUUAGAAUGGACCCUUUAAAAUGGGUUUGAUUGGGACAAAGAAAGAAAAAUACCCUUUUUUGUGACUUCUGACUGAAAAGGUGAAUUUCUGUUUUAAACUAGAUAAUUUUUCCUUAAUUAUCGCAGGUUUUAGAAAGAGAAUAUGAGCAGGUAUUCAUGCAAAAAUAAUUAUCUUACCUCACAGUGCAGAAAUGAAUCCUCAGAGUGCAGAAAAUGAAAAAAUAAGGUACUCAACACCAUUACUUAAAUUUGCUUUCGAAAUCCGCCUCUCACUGGCUUGUAUUCACUUCGAGUACCCCUUACAGUACUAUGGGAUUGCAGAUAAAUACCUUUACAGUCCACACACUCCUUUGCAAACACAAUGCAUGACUGUACAUUCUCUAAGAGGACACCGUGCGACCAGUCAGAAGCUACAGGCUCCCAUUGACCUGCCAUGUUAAUUUUCUUCACCUCAACACUUGAGGAGGGAGCAAUGGGGUGAAAUGCAAUCACUUGUCGCUGCUCGAUUCAAACCACUUUUGCUCGUUUAUGUGUAUGCAGUUCAGUUUGGAGUUCUCCAAGGAAUGCCUGGUUAAAAAAAAAAAAAAAAAGCUCAGGUUUGUUCAAAGCCCAAAGUUGUAUCUGAUUUAUCAGAAACUGGGGUUUCUUUUAGUCCAAACUGCAUCAUGAGCAACAUGUUUGGGGGACAAGUACCAGCAACAUGCUGUUAUUUGUUGUUUCACAAAAUUACUUUUUGCACCUUUUAACAUUUUCCAUGGCUUAAGUGAAUGUAACGAGGGUUUAGGAUUAUUUAAAGGCAGGAUUUCAAGAUAACGGACCUUGUUAAAAUGGUGAUAAAAUUUGAUUCCUCUCUCUCAGAAACAAACUUUUUUUUAGGAAACUAAAAUGCCUCCUAGAUGAUGGCAAGUUUGGGCAGAUAACCAAUUUGCUGCAGUACUUCUCCAUAUUUACAUUUCUGGUGUCAUGGAAUUAUUUUUUUUUUCCCACUGUGCAAUCAAUCAAAUGAUUGUUUUCAGCUCAACAUGACGCUACAUGCUGGCGGCUCCUCCAACAAUGACACCUUACUGACACAUUCAGUAUAUUCACGUUUCUGCAUUUCACCGUUGAACCUACAUGUUUCACAUCCAGAUGUUUUUAUUUUUCUUGACACAAUGUAAUCUGUCAUCACACCUCUCUACUCUCUGUAGCCUCAUGCUGUAAAUUUUACAACUGUCUUCUGAGCAAUGGUUUGACAAGCCUCUGAUGAAACGCUACACACACGUCAAAGCAUUGCUUUGUGUUCAUACUAUGAAUUGUAAAUGUUGUUGUCACCAUUGCAAAAACUUUGCAAUGUUGUUUUACAAUGCCUACUAAUAUAUUAUGGUUAUUAUAUAUGAAUAUAUUUAAUGACACAAGACAUUGUGGAUUUUAUUGUCUUUUUCAACUUUUUUUUUUACUUGUUUGUGGUUGUUUAGAUCGUUGCCAUUAAAGAAGGAAAUAAUAACUACUGAACACACCAACCUGGUAGAACUAAAUUCAGAUUUUCAGUUGAAAUAAACUCUUGGUACAUUGAAAAACCUUG